AUGGAGAAUGUAGCAGCUGACCAAUUGCCAAGGCUUGAGAACCUGCAAUUGCAAGAAGAUAAAGUUGGAGACGACUUCCCGGACGAGUACAUUAUGGUGACCGUGGGAGAAGAGCCAUGGUUCACAGAUAUAGCUAAUUAUUUAGCUACAAAAUACAUCCCGAAAGAUUUUAGCAGUCAACAAAAGAAGAAAUUCUUUUCUGAAUUAAAAUAUUCCUUUGGGACGAGCCAUACCUCUUCCAGAGCUGUGCGGAUGGAAUCAUACGAAGAUGCGUAUUCGGGAAGGAAAGCCGCCCAAUUUGUCAAAGAAUGUGAUUCUUGUCAAAGAGUGGGAAACAUUUCAUCUCGAAAUGAAAUGCCACAACAUAGUAUCCAAGUGUGCGAGGUGUUUGAUGUGUGGGGAAUCGACUUCAUGGGACCAUUUCCCAUGUCUAAAGGAAACAAAUACAUAUUGGUGGCGGUGGAUUAUGUAUCCAAAUGGGCGGAGGCACAAGCGUUACCAACAAAUGACGGUCGGGUGAUGGUGCGUUUUUUAAAGAAAUUAUUUUCAGGAUUUGGAGUCCCGAAAGCCCUUAUAAGUGACCGAGGCACACAUUUUGCCAAUGACCAAUUGGAAAAGGUGUUAAAGAAAUAUGGGGUCACCCAUAAGUUUUCCACAUCGUACCAUCCACAAACUAGUGGACAAACCGAAGUGACAAAUCGAGCUUUAAAGCGAAUUUUGGAGAAAUCGGUGGGGAGCAACCGCAAGGAAUGGUUAGUUUAUGGAAAGCAAUGCCAUUUACCGGUGGAGCUAGAGCAUAAGGCAUUUUGGGCUUUAAAGAGGUGUAACUUCAACAUGGAGGAACUAAAGAGCAACCGGUUGAUGCAAAUGAAUGCUCUUGAGGAGCUGAGGAAUGAUGCAUACUCUAGUUCAUGGCUUUAUAAAGAGAAGACCAAGAUGUGGCAUGACAAAAGGAUUAAAGAAAAAGAAUUUCAUGAAGGCAAAAAAGUGUUUCUUUUUAAUUCAAGACUAAAGCUUUUCUCGGGAAAACUCAAGUCAAGAUGGGACGGUCCUUUUCUGGUGAAGACGGUGUUUCCACAUGGUGCUAUAGAGUUGUUGUCAAGAGAUGGAACACCUUUCAAGGUCAAUGGCCAUAGGGUCAAAAAGUAUGAAGAAAGAGUCCCCCGGAAUGAAGGAAUGGAAGAGUUGUUGUUGCUGGAAGGGACUGCAACCACGUAA